AGAGGAGACGGACUCAUGAAGAAGAGCCGAUGAUGGGAGGAGAGUUUGUGCCUGAGAAAAGGAGGACAUUUAAAGUUCUGUUCGGUCGUGAAAUGGCCACAGAGACUAGGGGGAUCUGAUGGAUUCAUGUCACGAAGAAUGAGGAGAGGAGAAGCCACGGAGAUGCAGAUUUACGGGAGAGACACGAAGGGACUGAACGAAAGAGGCAAACGACUUUAGAGGUGAAACUUUCUGCAGGACCUGACACCAAAGAACGGACAGUCAAACGGAUUUAGAGCUCUCUGCAGGGUUUGGAGGGGUCUAAGGGAUUUAGAGCUCUCUGCAGGGUUUGGAGGGGUCUAACGGAUUUAGAGCUCUCUGCAGGGUUUGGAGGGGUCUAAUGGAAGUGUAAACGAUUUGAGUUUACCAGAAAAAUCCCAAAAGAUCUGAUGGAUUAAAUAUAAUCUGGAAGGUUUUAGAGGAUUGGUACAGCUUUGAGGAAAGAUCUGAGUAUCAGGGCUGAUGGAGCGGAGGAAAGCGGGUCCGGACCGGGGUUUAACGGGUCCUGUGCUGUUGGUGGUUGUGUUCCUCACGUCAGUCUGCGGGUUUCCUACGAAUAUCGACAGAAACUCUACGGAGACAGAUCCAAAGGUAUCAGCAGAGCAUAGUUAUGGUAAAGACAUGUGGACUCUUGAGGAGCGUGAGCAAGAGAAUCUGCUCCAGACUCCAUCAUCUGCUCCAGCAUCUUCCUGGUCCAGAUUGCACUGGGUGCAUGGGGUCCUUCCUUCACUGACACCUGAAGAAGACAGUACCAUCUUCAUCCUCAACCUGCGGAACUUUCCAGAACUUGCCAACGCAGACAUGAGCUCCCAGAACCCCAACAUUCAGGUGACCAUUGAGGUGGUGGAUGAUGCUCAGACCGAGGUCGAGAUGGAUCUCGCCAAAGACAGCCAGCGUAGCGACUGGUCGGGGACAUCAUCGAUGUGGGCCAGCAGCCACAGGAAGCUGUUCUGGCCAUUGUUCUGGGAUUACCCCUAUCAGUUGGAGAACGAGAGGGCAGGUCAGGACAAACAACCCAAGGACCACAUCUCUGACCAUGAAGAGUCUGUCCUCAGUGGCGUGGGCGGGGACUGGAGGGGUCACUGGGACAAUGGCUGGGACACAAAAGAUGAUACCUACGUGUUUGAGGACGACUGGAGUACGUGGGCCCCCUGCAGCGCCACCUGUGGACACGGCACUCAGAAACGCACACGUUCCUGCGGCUAUGCGUGCACAGCCACUGAGUCACGGUCCUGUGACCUUUUGAACUGCCCAGAAUCUGAUCCCUCUGUUACUGAAUCUGAUCUUACCGUGACAGAAAGUCCUCACAGUCAGACGACCAGUGGCUCCAAUGCUCUGACAGCAGGCAUGGACAGCUGUGAGCAGUGGCUGAGCUGUAAGAACGACUUCCUACUGAAGUACCUUCAGCAGGUAUUAACAGAAUUACCCAGCUGCCCUUGCUCUUACCCAUCUGAGGUCGUCUACAGGGCUGUCAACAUCGCCGAUUUGCACCUUGGGAGAACGUACCGCUGGAGGGAUGCCAGCGGAACCAAAGAACGCCUUGACAUCUACAAACCCUCAGCACGCUUCUGCAUCCGCUCCAUGUUGUCCUAUCACAGCACCACGCUGGCCGCUCAGCACUGUUGCUAUGACGACCAGAUGAGGCUGAUCACACGGGGCAGCGGCGCCGGAUCCCCUGACCUCAUCAGCACCGAGUUCUCAGCAGAGCUCCAUUACCAGGUUGACGUCCUGCCCUGGAUCCUCUGUAAGGGGGACUGGAGCCGCUUCCACGCCAUUAGACCGCCAAACAAUGGGCUGGACUGUACCCCCAAUCCCCCAGACCACCAGUUUCAGACUCAACUAACAGAGGCCAGAGAGUACUGAUCUCACAGACCUCCAAAAAAUGGGCUGGACUGCUGUUAGACUCCACACUAUCUUGGAUGUCCAGCGUUUUGCUGGUCCCUAUGUUUGUUACCAUGGUUCCCGAGUCAUAUCAGGCGAUCACAGAGCUAAGAGACAGGACGUCCUACACCGAGGCACCUGACUAAUCAUGGCCGAUGAGAUGAUGUUGGAAGGAAGAGGGUCGGGGCUAGACCACAAUCAUUGAGGACUCUUCAUGAACAGGUCAUCCUGGACUUGCUGUUGAAUGAAUGAAGUGUUCCUUGAUUGAUUCCCUUGGACUGCUGGAUCUGGAUUUAACUGUAGUUAUAACAGGUAGUCUGACUGCAGUAUUAAUUUCAGACCAGACUAAAAGAGGCCAGAGAGCACUGAUUAGAACGUUCUCAUCAGACAGUUAACAGCAAAGAGAUGAUCAGCUGAUCUCUUCAUUCAAACGUCCUGAUGAAGGCCUGCAUCGCUGAAACAUGUUCUCCUACAUUUUUAUGAUGAAAUAAAGUUUUUUAAGUGA